UAAAAACAUAAAACUGCCGUAGAGCCCCCACAACAAAGAAAUGAACUUGAUGGCGAGAGAGAUAAAGAGCCGCCUCAGAUCGACUCGACCUAUGUCUGAUUCUUGAGCCUAGCGACCCAAGACUUGUGCUCGCUCCAUUAUGUUCCGCCACGCCGCUACUCGCUUAUGGAACCGAUCAGCCUCUUCCGCCAGAGCGCCGCGACAGUUCUCCACGCCGUCGGCCGACGAAGCCUUUGUAUCCGCCUGGAGAAGGGUGGUUCCUACCGUUGAUCCUCCCAAGACUCCCCUCUCCUUCAUGAAACAUCGACCGCCAACCUCACCCGCUAUCCCGUCUAAGCUCAAAAUCAACUUCAUUCUGCCAUAUGCUUCCCAGUUCUCUAACAACGAGGUAAUUUUCUAUUACUCGUGGCAUUCUUGGCUUACUUUUUAUCCUUACUUUACCUCAAUUUAUGCUCUAUACUUACUUCAGAUUCCUGUACAAAAUUCAAGCUUUUCGGAUGUUUUUGCUUAGGCAAUGCUCUGUUCAGAUUGUUAAUGAGAAUGUUUUGCUGAAUUUGUAUCAUUUUGAAAGUGCUUUUUUUAUUCAUCUUUGGUAAUAAUGCCGUAACAAAUUAUGCUGUAUUACUGUUUAUAUUUCUCUUCUUAUAUGGCAUAAUAAGCCCCAAGUUAUGUUGGACAUAAGCUGCUACUAUAAAUGCACUGUAAAGUGUCAUAUUGUCUCUUUAAUUACUUCCACCUAAACCAUAAGAAAUCACGAGACUGUUGAAUGGGUGGUAAUAUUUGGUUCAAAGGAAAUAGUUGGGAUUGAGGUUCAAGGAUGACUACGAGUGGCAUAUCUAGUCAAAUGUUGGUUGGACUAAGUCAUUCCUUUUUAAUGUGAGUACAUGUAAAGUCUCUAGAAGUAGUUAAAUGUGCAUUGUAAGAAGGAAAGUAUAUGGUCCAAGCCUCCAAGGAAACUGCAUAACCUCAUUAUAAUGAAGUACUACCUCCCUUCCCUAAGAUUGGGACAAGAGGAGUGCUGCAGUUUUUAAGAAAAGUAAAAUCAUGUGGUUGAUAUUAAAUUGGUAAAGUAUGAAUAAAGUAAGAGUGAAUUAGAACCACUCAAAUAUUACUAAAUAUGGUACGGGGUAAACUUUGUGGGGCGGACAUAAAAGGAAAAAUUGGACAAUCACAGACGGAGAGAGAGUAAUAUAUACUCAAAUACAGAGUACUUCAUAAGCAUGAAAUUGUGCUGCAAUUAUGUGAUUACAGUCACUUUUAAAUACUAAGGACAUGUUUACUUCGCUACUAAAAACACGCUUAGGUUAGGAAGACAAAUGAAGUAAACACACAUGAUGUUUAAAAAGUUACUUACUAACCAAACUGGUGCUUAAACUGCCGCUUACUAAGCACUUCAUCCUCCAUGUAUUAAUUAAGCGUCAUUUUUAAGUUUUAUCAGUUUUCUGCAUUUACACUUACCUCUCACCCUUACCCUUAUCUCAUACCCUUACUCUAGCCGUUACCCCUACCCCUAUCCCCCCACCAUGUUACCCUUAACCCUACCCGUCCUCGUAUCCCUCACCCUGAUAAGUUCGUAUUACAACACGCAUUUGAUGCGUGUUGGAAUCGGAUUUUGAUAGUUUUCCUAGCUUUAAGGGGUUGCAAGUCUCAAUUUUAGCUCAAGAUGUAAUUAUCAGGCGUUGGGUCGAGUUUUGUGGCGUUUGAAGUCAAAAAUCGGAGAAUUUGAGCCUGACAUCGGCAUUUGAGAUGAGUUGAAGAGCGCUCGAGAAAGAUUUGAGAGAUUUGGAGGUCACCGGGAGAUUCGUGAUGAAGAAUUGUUGAAGAAAAAGCUUUUGAAAAGAUUGCGGGGGCAUUUGGAGCGAGGAAAAGAAGAGAAAAUCAAGUUUUUACAUACGCACGGUGAUAGGGACCUACCUAUUAGAUUAAUAAUAGAAAGAAUCAUAAUAAUAGUUUUAAUAAGGGCUUACGCAGUAUUAUAGUAUAAAUAGAUGUAGAGGGAAGGUAGUAAGGAAGGUUUUUUGGACUUUUGGACUGGGACUGGGAAAUAUUAGAGAGUUAUUCUCUUCUCUUUUGGGAGGCUUCUGCCUUUGUUUCUGUUUCUCUCUUUAACCGAUCUUCUUCAUCAAAUAAGAAUUUAGUUUGAUUUUCUUGUUAAUCUACUGUACUGGUGAGGUCCCUAUCAUUGGUAUCAGAGCGUCGGUCGCUGGAUGAUACACACGCGCGCCAAAAUGGAAGGACGGAUCAAUGAAGUCGAGAAAACUUUGUCAGAUGUGGGAAGAAAUCAACGUGAAAUACAAGCAAAUUUGGAGAGAAGUCAGAGAGAGAUGCAUGCGAUGAUGACGGCGAUGCAAGCUAGCAUCGCUGAUUUGCAGAACCGACUUCAAAGUCGUUCGCGACAUACAUCGCACCAUUCGCACCGAUCUUCGCAUGGCUCAUCCCACCAUAACUCUUCCCAUCGUUCGUCGUAUAGCUCUUCUCGUCAGACUUCGCAUCAUCAGUCGCGAAGGUCAUCCAAUCCAGAGGGAUCGGAAGAGAAUUUUGACUACUCUCAUACGCAUCCCAAAUCUCAUCAUCGACAUACGCGAUUUUCGACUGACUCAGAGGAGUUAGAAGAGCAGAGACAUCGCAGAAAAUCUGGAGACUGAUCGAGGACGACUAGGUAUCUUCCGCUACCUGACAAACACAAUCCAUCGUCAUCGCUUAUAAGUUCGCAAACUGAAACGCAAAUGAAAGCGCGAACUGUUCCUUUUAGUUCGCAAUCGCGAACUUCUUUUCAUAUUUCUCAAGCGCGAACUGUUUCUCGCCAUUUGCAGAAUUCCUCUCCGAACCUCAGUUCGUGUCCAAGAAAGUCACCAAUCGAUUUUCACUAUUUCCCUUCCUCUUCUCAAGUCGUUUCUAUGUGUUUGCCAGUUUUAUCACAAGAUGGUUUUGUCCCUGAGCAAGAAAUUCUACCGUCCAUAGAGGAGAUUGAGAGGGAACCAAUUGAAUCUGGAAUCAAGAAAACGAAUAAGGAGGACGAAAUCGAGGAGCAAACUACAGUUGUAGGUGUCUUAAAGUCGAAAACGGUUCUUCCGGUUAAACAAACGCCAGAUUAUGCUUCUCCUAAUAUUGAAAUUGCUAUGGAUUUAACUCCCAGUCGAGUUUCUAUUGCUGACCUGCUUAUCCACCCAUGUUUCUUUGGAAGUAGAGUCUUAACUGCUUAUGAAAUUGGAACAUUUAAAAUCAAGAACGUUUCAGAUGACAAAGCUGUUCGGAUCAAAAGUCAAGAACCUAGACAACCCAGGGAAAUGUUUUCAGAAUAUUCAAGCAUUGAUAAAAGGAAAUCUGGGCCAGAGGCUCACGAGGAUGUUGUGGAUAUUUUUUUAGGAGAAUUUGCUAUUAUGUUUGGAAACCGUAAACCUUUUCCUGAAGAUGAGAAGUCUAACCAUCCCCAGCACUUUGAUAGAAGUUCCCUGCAACUCACAACAGUAAUUGUUAAAGACUUAUCAGGAUUAAAAGAAGCAGAAUUGCCGCAUAUUGUUGAUAGCAUGAUAAACUACCACAAGCUUGGCUUACAUAAUCCAUUGAAAGCAUUAGGAGGAUAUCUAAAAUUGGGAGACAUCACUGCAAAGACUGUUCUUAGCCUAUCACUUACUGAUGUUUUUGACAUCUUAACAAGAGUGUUACAGAAGAUGGCUCUUAAGAGUUAUCAGCAAGCUCUAGGCGAAGUUGUUGCACCAAUUUUUUUAGAAAUACUCUAUGGUAAUCAGGUUCAUUUUCUGGCAAGAUCUUCUGAAGUGUCAGGAAGUUAUUUGGGACAGAACCGCCCUGAUUUGUGGACUUAUGGUCCUUUGGAAAUUGUUACUUACUUUAAAUUUGUAUUGGAUAUUCCUGCAUUUCAACUGAUGGGUGCAUUACUCAAGGAAAAUAUGCAUGUUCUUAAAAAAGACAUCUGGUUAUGCAGUGUAAUGGGACAAAUGCUACUUCUGUUUCAUGAUGGGGGAAUACCAUUGGAGAUUGUAGAAGUCUUAAAUUCAAAAAGAGGAACACAAUAUGACAUAAGUUUUCAUAAACUUUCUUAUGACAUGUGUGUGGAUGAAAUUCUGUACGAGCUAUUCAUUGAGAAGUUUCACUCAAGAGAGAGGAUGGAGCCUGAGAGACAUGCAAUGCUGAACAUGGUCAAGAGCUUUUCAUCUAGAGGACUAGAAGUCUGGGAACUUCUUAUACCACCAUCAGCGAGGUACUGGGAGGGAAGAGGCACCAGGAGGAAGCGGAAUUCCAGACUUGGUUCCUAUCUUCCCACCUUGAGGGCAAGGUGGAUUUUCAAAGGGGGGAGUAUUGAUAGGGACCUACCUAUUAGAUUAAUAAUAGAAAGAAUCAUAAUAAUAGUUGUAAUAAGGGCUUAAGCAGUAUUAUAGUAUAAAUAGAUGUAGAGGGAAGGUAGUAAGGAAGGUUUUUUGGACUUUUGGACUGGGACUGGGAAAGAUUAGAGAGUUAUUCUCUUCUCUUUUGGGAGGCUUCGGCCUUUGUUUCUGUUUCUCUCUGUAACCGAUCUUCUUCAUCAAAUAAGAAUUUAGUUUGAUUUUCUUGUUAAUCUACUGUAAUUGUUCUGUACUGGUGAGGUCCCUAUCACACGGUCGUGCCCAUGAGGUACGCACGCCGUGCGUACGUGGCAGUAAGCUCCAGGAGACGAGACGAGAUCACGCACGCCAUGCGUGCGGGGUAUGCACGUCGUGCGUGCACGAGGGCCGAAGCGAGGAAGCUACUGGAGGGUACGCACGCCGUGCGUGACUGUUACGCACGCCGUGCGUAAGUGCGAAACGCGGGUUUGCUCCGGACGCAAGGACGCCAUGCACGCCGUGCGUAGCACCGUGCGUGGGUCCGAAACCAUAAUCCUGGCCGAAUUUUGUUGUGUUUCCUUUAAAGGGGGAUGGAACUUAGAGAGCAGCUUAAGGACGAAAUUUAGAGAGCUUUUCAGCCCGUUUUUUCAAUUCUCUAAGAUUCUUUGUAAGUACCUACUUUUUAAUUAAGGACAAUUAUUUCUAAUCUUCCUAAUUCUGUUGAUUAUUCAAUUAUGAGUCGGGAGUAGUUUUAAUUAGGGAUUUGGCAUUGAUGAAGGGGUUAAUCAUGAUGUAUGGCUAGAUUCUUGAUGGAUUAAUUGCAUGAAUGAUAUUUAAUUUGUGUUUGAAUGAUUUUAUUGAUAUCUUUUGUAACCUAGAACGGCCGCUAGAAUUACAAUUGCUUGUAGAAUAAAUUAAGAGAGAUCUAGUUCAUUCUAGGACACAUUCACAUACAUUUAAUCAUUCACUAAGAGAUUAGUAGCGAUUAAGGGGCCGUAAGCUCGCUCGUUUUGGCAAUGGUUUAGAUACCUGUCGCAUGAGAGAUCAGCCUGGUCCCCUAAAUUAUUGUACUUUACGCCGCGAGAGCGGUAAGAACUUAGUAAUGAUUAGCUAGGCUCAAUUAAAUUAAUUUCAUGUAAUUAAGCCUGAUCUGCCAGAAAUCUGAUUACCCUGGGAUCAAUCCCUAUUCCUUUCGUCGUUAAUUAUGAAAAACCCAAUCAAUUAUUUUUAUUCGCCCAUUCGCAUUAAUUUAUUUUCCAAACCACCCAAUCUCGCACAAUUGCAUUUUAUUUUAUUUUAUUUCUUUUUAAUCCCUGAAUUUAGUUAAUCUUUAAUUCCCCUUUACCGUCCCUGUGGAGACGAUACUUGUACUUACACCACUCUUCUACGAUCUACUUUUUAGUGCGAGAAAACUAACAUCAGUUUUUGGCGCCGUUGCCGGGGACGGUGUCGAUCUUAAGGGUUAAUUCAACCCAGCGAUCCGUUUUAGUUUUUCGUAGGAUUUUUGUCUGCUAACCUUGCAGGCCAGAGCUGUUUAUGCAUACACGUUCUAAGAGGAGAGAACCGCUAAUCCCUCUUAAUCUUGAGAUCGAAAAGCUCGCCAGACAAAACCGCAAGGCCCCGAAAGAGAAAAUCACCAUGGACCAUCAAUCUUCAUCCGAAACCGCAGGGAUGUCCGGUAACCCUAACCCCACAGCUCAGCAAGAUUUCUAUGUUUACACAUCACCCUAAUCUUCACUACCAAUUUCACUUAGAAACUGUUAGCAAUACUAUAUGCACGCCACCUGUAAUAGUCUAGUAUUAAAGUCUAACUGUUAUAGUUAGUUUGGUUGUACUGUUGUGUCUGUUAUAAGUCGGUUAGAGCUUUAGCUCUAUAAAUACUUAUGUACUGUUAUUCUUAGAGUUAAUGAAAUAACAAUUCAUCUUCUUCUACAUUCUGUUAAUUUUCUAAUAUGGUAUCAGAGCUUCAGCUCGAUCUACCAUGACGAAUUCAAGCUCGACCUCUUCCUCCUCUCGAGUUACUGGAAACUUUACGCUUCCAGCAGUUUUUACACAUCCUAUUCCAAUCAAACUUGAUUCGAACAACUACCUUCUCUGGAAGCAUCAUAUUGAAUCAGUUAUUCGAGCGCACAAAUUAUUCAAGUUUGCGGAAAAUCCGAAGAUUCCUGAUCAGUUUGUUGAUGGCGACGAUGAAGAAAGCAAGACGAUCAAUGAUGCGUACACUAUUUGGGAACAACAGGACCAAAUGCUUUUUUCAUGGCUGCUUUCCUCUCUGUCCGAGUCACUGCAUGCUCGAGUCAUCCAUUGUCAACACUCACAUGAGUUGUGGAGUACAAUUCGGAAAUUCUUCCAGUCAUCCAUUGUUGCGAGGGCCAGACAGCUUAAAUCUGAGCUCUAUAACACUGGAAAAGGCGAUCGAUCGAUUUCAGAAUACCUUCUUCGGAUUCAAACGAUUGUUGAUAAUCUUAUCUCAGUUGGAGAACCGAUAUCCAAUAAAGACCACAUCAAUGUAAUUCUGGAAGGUCUUCCAGAGGAGUAUGAGUCUCUUGUAUCAUCGGUAACGUCUCGAAGCAUUCUAGAUCCGAUAACCAUUUCUGAACUUGAACCUCUACUGUUGCUCAAGGAAAUGCGACUGAAAAAGCUUCGUGAAGCCACCUCACAAAAUAUCUUCUCUGCAAAUAUUGCUCGUAUUGAUGCUUCGCCUCCAAAUACCAGUUCUGAUGCUCGUGUUGAAGCUCCUACAGCAUCGGAAACCUCAUCUGUCAACAUUGCUCAGUUCAAUAACCUUAAUCACACAAUCCUUCAGAGGAAGAGGACGUGGUGGCUCCAACAGAGGUCGAGGUGGUCGUUUUGGAGGUCGUAGCUCUAUUAUCUGUCAGGUCUGUGGAAAAUCAGGCCAUCAUGCCUUAAUCUGCUAUCAUCGCUAUAAUCCUGCAUUCUCCAAUACAAAUCAUAAUACAGCCUAUGCUAAUCCUCCUACCAUUGGACACUCUAACCAUUGGUACUCCCAGACACCAAAUCUAUAUUAUCAACCUCAGAUUCCAUAUCAACCUUCCUACACUCCUAAACCGCACAACUACCAACAUUACAAUUCUCCAACACCUUCUACUAAUCACUUCAACCAGCAAUCUUCCACUCCAACUCCAGAAACAUUUACUUGGGAAUCACAUUCUUCCGGACCUUCUGUAGCUUUUGCCAGUGCUAAUUCUUCAAUUCUGGGACCAGCUCCAUCUAACCAACCAUGGUUCCCAGAUUCAGGUGCCACACAUCAUGUAACUGUUGAUCCACUGAAUUUCCAGCAUAGUGAACCCCUUGCUACAACUGACAAGCUCUUUAUGGGCAAUGGUCAAGGUUUGGAUAUACAGUCUAUUGGUUUUUCUUCCUUUCCUUCACCCUUUCUUACUUCUCAGUAUCUUCAACUCAAUAAUAUUCUUCAUGUUCCCACAAUAACCAAAAAUCUGUUGAGUGUUAGUCAAUUUGCUAGAGACAAUAAUGUCUAUUUUGAAUUCUAUCCUCAUGAUUGCUAUGUCAAAUCUCAGGUUUCUAAACAAAUCCUUUUACAUGGAGUCCUUGGUGCUGAUGGUCUGUACAAGUUCCAGUCCAUACCUCCUCUUGGUUCAUAUCAACCUGUCUCUGUAGGGUCUACAACAAAUAAAACUGUUCAUCCUGUUUCUUUUGUUUCCACUUGUAAUAAGUCUCAAAUAUGUACUGCACCAGUUUCUUGUAAUUUGUGGCAUUUAAGACUAGGGCAUCCACACUUUGAAGCCCUCAAAUCUGUACUCCAAUACUGUAAUGUGUCCACAAUUAAUAAAAAUGAUAUCUCUUUCUGCUCUUCUUGUUGUCUUGGAAAGGCACACAGAUUACCUACACAUUCUUCUAACACUGUUUAUCAUUCACCAUUUGAACUAAUCUUUACUGAUUUGUGGGGACCAGCACCAGUUUUGUCCUUUGAUGGAUAUUCAUACUACAUAUCUUUUAUAGAUGCCUUUACAAGAUAUACUUGGAUCUAUUUUUUGAAAAAGAAAUCAGAUGCUCUCACAACCUUUCAAAACUUCUAUCAGUAUGUUAUGACUCAAUUUUCCACCCCUAUUAAAUCCAUUCAAUCUGACUGGGGAGGGGAAUUUAGAUCCUUUACCAGUUUUCUCACUGAAAAAGGCAUCACUCAUAGGUUAAUUUGUCCACACACACAUCACCAAAAUGGUGUUGUGGAAAGAAAACACAGGACUAUUGUGGAGAAAGGCCUAUCCAUUUUAGCUCAUUCUUCCUUGCUUUUCAAAUUCUGGGACACAACUUUUGCAACCUCUGCUCACCUUCUCAACAGAACACCACCCAAAUCAAUUGCUAAUUCCAGUCCUUAUUUCAAACUUUAUGUAUCUAUUCCAGACUAUUUCAUUCUUAAAGUCUUUGGUUGUGCUUGUUAUCCUUUUAUUCGACCUUACAACAGACAUAAAAUGGACUUUCACUCUGAAGAGUGUUUUUAUAGGUUACUCCCCUCAACACAAAGGCUAUAAAUGCCUCUCAUCUUCUGGAAAAGUGUAUAUCUCCAAAGAUGUCAUAUUUCAUGAAACUAAAUUUCCCUACUCACUUCUCUUUCCUUCAUCAUCAUCUAAUUCCACUACCCCACAGUCUUCACUUUCUACUCCUCUAACUGUCCUUCAUCCUCAACAAAAUCAGUCUUCUUUUUUUGAAUCUUCUAUUUGCCAUUCCAAUGAAUCUCCAUCAACUGCCUCCGAACUACACAGUUCAUUUCACUCAUCCCCCCCCCCCCCCCCCAGUUCUCAUGGUCUCCAAGGUCAGCCUCUCAAUUCUCCUCAUUUGUCUCCAAGUCAGUCUCCUUUUGUAUCCUUUUCAUCUUCUAGGUCACCUUCUCCUCCUCCAACUAACACUCAUCCUAUGCAAAUCAGGGCAAAGUCAGGAAUUAUUAAACCUAGACUAAAUCCUACCUUACUGUUAGCUCAUAUUGAGUCUAAGUCAGUUAAGCAAGCUCUUUCCUCUCCUCAGUGGUUUUCAUCUAUGCAGACUGAAUAUGAGGCUUUAAAGGCAAAUAAAACAUGGUCCUUAGUUCCUCUGCCUCCUGAUAAGCAAGCUGUUGGAUGCAAAUGGUUUUCAGAGUUAAAGAAAACUCUGAUGGCUCUUUAAACAAAUUCAAAGCCAGAUUAGUUGCUAAAGGGUUUCAUCAAAGGUUUGGAUUUGACUUUGGAGAGACAUUUUCACCUGUUGUUAAGCCUGUCACUAUAAGAAUUCUACUUACCUUGGCUGUUUCUCAUAACUGGUCUAUUCAACAACUUGAUGUAAAUAAUGCCUUUCUAAAUGGCAAUCUUGAGGAAGAGGUCUAUAUGAUUCAACCCCCAGGUUUUGAAGCCAAGGAUACUUCUCUUGUUUGUAAACUACAUAAAUCCUUGUAUGGCCUCAAACAGGCUCCAAGGGCCUGGUUCCAAAAACUGACUUCUGUUCUCUAUGCUGUUGGAUUCAAACAGAGUAAAUGUGACCCAUCUCUCCUAAUUUUUCUGUCAUCCAACAUUCAUAUCUACAUUUUAAUCUAUGUAGAUGACAUCUUGGUUAUUGGGAAUAAUUCUACUGCCAUUCAACAACUUAUUCACAAACUGCAUUCCUCAUUCUCUCUCAAACAUCUGGGUGACAUUGAUUUCUUUCUAGGAAUUGAAGUCAGAAAACUAAGCAAUGGUAGUCUACAUCUUUCUCAAACAAAAUAUGUUAGAGAUCUGCAUAAAGCUGGAAUGCUUGAUUCCAAAGGAGUAAAAACUCCUAUGACAAGCAGCUGCAAACUCACCAACUCAGGGAGUGACAAUUUACCUGACCCCUAUGCUUACAGAUCUAUAGUUGGGGUUUUACAGUAUGCUACUCUCACACGACCAUAGAUUAGCUAUGCAGUAAAUAAAGUUUGUCAAUUCAUGGCCACACCUCUACAGGAUCAUUGGAAAGCAGUAAAACACAUCCUCAGAUAUCUCUCUGGCACUGUACAUCAUGGCAUCAUUAUUCAACCUCUUCCUCUGAAAACCAUACCUCUACCAAUCUCUGCAUUCUGUGAUGCUGAUUGGGCAUCUGAUCUUGUUGAUAGAAAAUCUACUUCUGGAGCCUGUAUCUUUCUUGGUCCAAAUAUCAUCUCUUGGUGGUCCAAGAAACAAUUAAGGGUGGCCAGAUCAUCAGCAGAAGCCGAGUACAGAAGUUUAGCAGACACAACAGCUGAAAUCCUAUAGGUUCAAUUUCUACUUAAGGAGCUUCACAUUCCUUUUGCUAUUUCUAGAGUUUAUUGUGAUAAUCUCAGCACACUACAACUUGCACACAAUCAUGUGCUACAUUCUUGCAUCAAACACAUGGAAAUUGAUCCGUUCUUUGUGAGGGAAAAAGUUCAAUCCAAACAACUUGAAGUAUUCCAUAUUCCAGCCCCUUAUCAAGUUGCUGAUGUUCUCACAAAACCAUUGCCUGCUUCAUCCUUCCUUGAAUUCAGAACCAAACUUAGUGUGAUUGAUCUUCCCAAUAAAUCACCCUAAUUUUGAGGUGGAAUGUUAGGAAUACUAUAUGCACGCCACCUGUAAUAGUCUAGUAUUAAAGCCUAGCUGUUAUAGUUAGUUUGGUUGUACUGUUGUGUCUGUUAUAAGUCGGUUAGAGUUUCAGCUCUAUAAGUACUUAUGUACUGUUAUUCUUAGCGUUAAUGAAAUAACAAUUCAUCUUCUACAUUCUGAUAAUUUUCUAAUAGAAACCCUCCUGGUUUUCGGAACUACCGUACAUCGAUCUUUUCCCAAAAUCAGCCUUCACCGCAAUUUAACCUCCCUCCAUUAUAUUAACUUUUUCAAAAUACCCUUACUGCUCCUGAAACUAAUUUCCAAAAUCAAGUUUAUGGGAUGCAAAGAGCAGGGCAGAGUAUUCCCGUUUUCCAACCGAGACAGAACCCACUUCCAAUCAAUCAACCUACAUUCCAAAAUCAGCCCCAGUACCAUAAUCCGUACCCUAAUCAGUAUCACAACCAAACCCAAGUCCCACCUGCUCAGCCACAACCAGCCCCCCAGCCUAGACAGCAGGCGCCUCCACCUAAUACCUAUGUACCGCAUAAUAAUCCGCUCUAUCAGGGCCGGACCAUUGCAAAGUUCUUUAUACCAGACGUCUCAGAAUAUGAUAGCAUUCAAGUGUCAGGAAUUACUGCCAAUCGUUAUGAGAUCAAUCCGGCAGUGAUAAACAUGGUGUCCAAUAACCAAUUUGGAGGAGGCCCUACAGAAGACCCAGUGGCACAUAUUACCCGCUUUCUGAGAAUGUGCCAAACUUUCAAGAUACCAGAGUUAACUGAUGAUCAGGUCAGGAUGAUGCUUUUCCCUUUCUCACUGAGGGAUGAUGCACAGAGGUGGUUGGACAACAAUCCUCACCACCACCUCCAAACUUGGGACCAGUUGCAUAAUGUCUUUAUAAAAGAAUACUUUCCAACAUCAAAGGCACUUAAAUUGAAAAAGUAGCUGCAGGAGUUCAAGCGGGGAUCUCUAGAAGCACUGGCUGAAGCAUGGAAGAUAUUCAAGGUGCUGAGAAGAGCUUGCCCUCAGGGCAAUUUGAGUGAUUGUGAGGUUCUUUUCUACUUCUAUAGCGGACUCAACAAUGAAGGGAAGAUGAUGUUGGAUGCUUCGGGUGACGGAGUCUUUCCUGAUUUACCAUCUGAGGUUGGGGAAGAACUAGUGGAGAAGAUUGUUUCAAAUAAUGCAUCUUGGUACAGCGACAGGAGUUCUCCUCAGCAAAAGGCUCCGGGCCUAUACGAGAUCAGUGAUAAUUCUGCUCUCUCUGCACGAGUAGAUACAUUGGCAAACAUGGUGCAGAAGCUCACAACCAGCGUGGAUGCUAUAGGGAAAAAUGUGGAUCUUGCUCUCUCAGUGCCCAGUGUUAAUAUGGUAGCCCCCUGUCACGAAUCUCCCGAUGCCGCGGCAUGACAUGCCAAUACGCCGCGGCAUGACAUGGAAUACGCCACGGCAUAACCGUGGCCAGGUGACAAGGAAGAGUCUAGAACAUCCCAAGAGGAAGGGGCAGAAUCCUGGAGGCUAAGAGAAUAUUCUAGACUCGUGUAGAUACAUAUACACUUGUAUAGAGUAUAGUAGAAUAUUCUAGAAUAUGAUAGAGUUGUAUAGAAUGUUCUAGAAUUAAACCAUAGCCGUUAGAUCAAAUAGAUCUCAACCAUCCAUUGAGGAGGAGGGCAAGUAUAAAUACCCCUCAAGGUGGUUCAUUUGUACACAUCGAAGUUUCCAAGCAUUCAAUAAAGUCUCAAGCUUUCCUCAAGUGUUCUUGCCUUUAACACAUUCCCUUCUAGCCAAGCACUUAAAAACACACAACACUAAGGAGUUGUCCAGGCUGACUUAGCUACUGCGAGGGGCAGAAAGGAGCUAAGGCCGCACGUGAGCUUGUUGAGGGAACAAGUCCGUGACAGUUGGUAUCAGAGCCAGGUUCAGGUUCGGGUUCGUGUUGUGCACAUUUGGGAGCAUGGCUGGAAACGUUGACACUAGCAUGUCCAACUUCACCGAGGAACGUGGGAGGGAUGCUAAUCCUAACCAUGGCAAGAAGAAGCGUGAUCAAAGCAAAGCUCGAGGGGAGAUUCUUGCUUUGGAGGAAGCUGUUGAAGGGCUAGGCGCUAAGCUCGAGAGGGUCGAGAACGGCGCAAACUUGCUGGAGAACCAUAUGUUUGAGCAACUUAGCCUUGUGAAGGAUGAGGUGGGGGACCUCGAUGGCCGAUUUGUUCAACUGGAGGAAAAGGUAAUGGAUGCUAUCCAAUCUUUACAAGUUAGUCUUGAGGGUAUGCGUGAAGAGUUGGCGUUGUGUAAAAAGGCUGCUGCCAGUGGUGGGGCAACGAUCAACCUAGCCCAUACCCCUAAGAUUGAUUAUCCGAAGCCUUCUAAGUUCCAUGGAGUUCGAGAUGCUAAGGAAGUCGAGAACUACCUAUGGCAAAUGGAGCAAUACUUUGACAACCUCAACCUAGAGGAUGAGACGGCGAGGAUCAAGACGGCCACAUCCUACCUAGCGGAUACGGCCAUGUUAUGGUGGCGAAGAAGGCAUGCGGACAUUGAGCGGGGCGUUGCACGGAUUGACACUUGGGACGACUUCAAGAAGGAGUUAAAGAGGCAUUUCUAUCCGGAGAACGUCGUCUUCGAGGCACGCAAGAAGCUAAGGGAGUUGAAGCAAAGAGGUACGAUUCGUGACUAUGUGAAAGACUUCACAACCCUUAUGCUCCAAAUCCCCAACUUGUCCCAAGAAGACCUACUUUUCUAUUUCGUGGAUGGGUUACAAAGUUGGGCUAAACAAGAGGUGCAACGGCGGAAUGUUCAAACGGUGGAUGAAGCCAUUGCCGCUGCUGAAUCCUUGAUGGACUUCCAGCACCAUAGUUAUGGGGAGGCAUCCAAGAGAAAAGACAAGAACCCCGUCAAAGGUGGGGGAGAGAGACACGACAACGUGGGAAAAGAGAACCCACGAAAAUCAUUCUUCAAGAGGGGAGACAAGAGUUUAGGGCGUGAGGAGUACGAGGCAAAGAAGAAGUCCUUUGUACCGAAGGGUGGUUGCUUCGUAUGCAAAGGACCGCAUACCGUGAAGGACUGUCCUAAGCUUGGUUCAUUGUCUGCCAUAGUAGAGCAACAAGAAGCGGAAGCCCGAGAUGAGGAGACGAGCAAGAUGGGAUCUCUCCAAAUCCUUAAUGCUCUCAAGGCGAAGCCGAUGCCUACGACGACAAGCAAGGGGCUCAUGUACGUUGAGGCAUACAUCAAUGGGAAACCAACAAGGGCGUUGGUGGACACGGGCGCAACGCAUAACUUUGUGACUGAGGAGGAAGCCAAGAGGGUUGGUCUUCAAUGGUCCAGAGGCGAGGGGUGGCUUAAAACAGUUAAUGCCAAGGCUCAGCCCCUGAACGGCGUGGCACGAGGUGUGAAUCUACGCCUAGGCGCUUGGAAGGGCCAAGUGGAUUUUUCGGUGGCACCAAUGGAUGACUUCAAGGUUGUUCUAGGGAUGGACUUCCUGAGACAGGUAACUGCGAUCCCUAUGCCAUCCUUUAGCACGGUUUGCAUUCUUGAGAAGGGUUCACCGUGCAUGAUACCGACAUUGGAAACUCCCAAUGAGCGGCCAAGUGGGGCUAAGACAUUGUCGGCUAUGCAAGUAGCCAAGGGGGUGAAGAAGGGAGAACCGACAUUCUUAGCCGUACUCAAGGUGGAUGAUGAGACGGAAGGGCCGACAGACAUACCACCUCUUAUUCAAGCUGUCCUUGAGGAAAACAAGGACGUGAUGCCGGCGAAGUUACCCGACAAGCUACCACCUAGGAGGGAGGUGGGUCACAAGAUCGAGUUGGAACCGGGUGCCAAACCACCCGCAAUGGCACCCUAUCGCAUGUCCCCAAGUGAGCUCGAGGAGCUACGUCGCCAACUCGAUGAGCUGUUAGGGACCGGGAAGAUGAGACCGUCGAAGGCACCUUAUGGCGCACCGGUACUAUUCCAAAAGAAGCAUGAUGGGACGCUAAGGAUGUGCGUGGACUACCGGGCGCUUAACAAGGUAACGAUCAAGAACCGCUAUCCUAUUCCGUUGAUUGCCGACCUAUUCGAUAGACUUGGUGGGGCCAAGAUAUAUACAAAGAUGGAUCUACAAAAAGGUUACUACCAAGUACGAAUAGCGGAAGGAGAUGAGCCUAAGACCGCAUGUGUUACACGCUAUGGCUCGUUCGAGUGGUUAGUCAUGCCCUUUGGACUAACCAACGCACCAGCCACAUUUUGCACGCUCAUGAACAAGAUCUUCCAACCCUAUUUAGACCGGUUUGUGGUGGUAUACUUGGACGAUAUUGUGGUUUAUAGCAACUCCAUGGAGGAGCAUGUGGAACACUUACGCAUUAUCUUCCAAGUACUCCGGGAGAAUGAGCUUUAUGUCAAGAAGGAGAAGUGCAUGUUCGCCACGGAGGAAGUACACUUUCUUGGUCAUGUCAUUGGGCAUGGGAAACUCAUGAUGGACAUGGGGAAGAUUAGGGCAAUCGUGGAAUGGGAGGCACCGACCAAGGUAACCGAAUUACGGUCAUUCCUUGGGUUAAUAAAUUACUACCGGCGUUUCAUCGAGGGAUAUUCGAAGAGGGCAGCCCCAUUGACGGACCUACUCAAGAAGGGGAAAACUUGGGAAUGGUCCGACCUAUGUCAAGAGGCCUUUGAUGACCUGAAGGCCGCGGUGAGCCAAGAGCCCGUUCUAGCUCUACCGGACUUUGACAAACCAUUUGAGGUACAAAUCGAUGCCUCCGACUUUGCCAUUGGAGGAGUGUUGAUGCAAGAGAGGCAUCCAAUAGCAUUCGAGAGCCGCAAGUUGAACGAGACGGAGCGGCGUUACACCGUGCAAGAGAAGGAGAUGACCGCGGUGGUUCAUUGCUUGCGCGUAUGGAGACACUACCUCUUAGGCGCAAAAUUCAUCAUCAAGACAGACAACGUGGCAACGAGCUAUUUCCAAACUCAAAAGAAGUUAUCACCUAAGCAAGCUAGGUGGCAGGAUUUCUUGGCGGAGUUCGACUACACUUUGGAGUAUAAGCCCGGGAAAGCCAAUGUUGUAGCCGACGCACUUAGUAGGAAGGCAGAGCUCGCAGCCAUUAGUCAAGCGGAGGGGGACCUGAUCGGGCGCAUCAAGGAGGGACUUGAACGCGACCCCAUGGCGAAGGAGUUGAUGAAGCUAGCCAAGGAGGGCAAAACCCAACGGUUUUGGGAAGAGGACGGCCUUCUCUACACAAAGGGGCGUCGUCUUUAUGUCCCAAAAUGGGAGAAUUUAAGAAGAGAUCUCGUCAAGGAGUGCCAUGACACGAAGUGGGUUGGUCAUCCCGGCCAAAAACGCACCCUAGCACUUGUCGAGACAGCAUAUUUCUGGCCACAGAUGAGGGACACUGUGGAGCUUUAUGUGAAGACCUGUCUUGUGUGCCAACAAGACAAGGUGGAGAAUCGGCAACCCGCAGGACUGCUGGAACCAUUGCCCAUUCCCGAGCGACCAUGGGACUCUAUUUCUAUGGACUUCAUUAGUGCCCUACCGAAGUCCGAGGGGUUUGGAUCUAUCAUGGUGGUGAUAGAUCGAUUUUCUAAGUAUGGGACGUUCAUCCCGUGCAUGAAAGACUGCACAGCGGAGGAGGCGGCACGGGGGUUCUUCAAGAACGUGGUGAAGUAUUGGGGACUUCCAAGAAGCAUAGUGAGUGACCGAGACCCCCGCUUCACGGGCCGACUAUGGACUGAGUUGUUUAAGUUGCUGGGGACACAACUCAACUUCUCUACAAGCUUUCACCCUCAAACCGAUGGGCAAACCGAACGGGUGAACGCCUUGCUAGAGUGUUACCUUCGGCACUUUGUAAGUGCCAACCAGCGAGAUUGGGCAAGACUCUUGGACAUAGCCCAAUUCUCAUACAACUUGCAGCGGAGUGAGUCUACGGGACGAAGUCCAUUUGAGCUUGCCACGGGGCAACAACCACUAACUCCACACACUUUGGCCACGCCACUCCAAGAUGGGAAGAGCCCGGGAGCAUUUAAGAUGGCGAAGUCUUGGGAGGAACAAGCCGAUCUAGCUCGUUCGUGUUUAGAGAAAGCACGCAAGCGGAUGAAGAAGUGGGCGGACGAGAAGAGGCGGCCAAAGGAGUACACCGUGGGGGACUUAGUCUUUGUGAAGCUCUUACCACAACAAUUCAAGGUAUUGAGAACCUUACACAAAGGCCUAGUCCGUAGAUAUGAGGGGCCAUUCCCGAUUAUUGCUAAGGUAGGAAAAGUUUCGUAUAAGCUCGACCUACCCAGCACAUUGAAGAUUCACCCGGUCUUCCACGUGAGUAUGUUGAAGCCUUAUCAUGGGGAUGAGGAAGACCCAAGCCGGGGGUUAUCAAGCCGAGCACCGCCUGUAGUCACUAAGUCUUACGACAAAGAGAUUGAAGACGUGCUCGCAACAAAGGAGGUUAGGAAGAGGGGCGUUCCACGCCAAAAUCACUACUUGAUCAAAUGGAAGGGACUACCCGAGUCGGAAGCAACGUGGGAACCUGAAGAAGACUUGUGGCAGUUCUGGGACAAGCUCGAGGCGCACAAGGCGACGAGGACGUCGCCAAGUUAGGUGGGGGAGAAUGUCACGAAUCUCCCGAUGCCGCGGCAUGACAUGCCAAUACGCCGCGGCAUGACAUGGAAUACGCCACGGCAUAACCGUGGCCAGGUGACAAGGAAGAGUCUAGAACAUCCCAAGAGGAAGGGGCAGAAUCCUGGAGGCUAAGAGAAUAUUCUAGACUCGUGUAGAUACAUAUACACUUGUAUAGAGUAUAGUAGAAUAUUCUAGAAUAUGAUAGAGUUGUAUAGAAUGUUCUAGAAUUAAACCAUAGCCGUUAGAUCAAAUAGAUCUCAACCAUCCAUUGAGGAGGAGGGCAAGUAUAAAUACCCCUCAAGGUGGUUCAUUUGUACACAUCGAAGUUUCCAAGCAUUCAAUAAAGUCUCAAGCUUUCCUCAAGUGUUCUUGCCUUUAACACAUUCCCUUCUAGCCAAGCACUUAAAAACACACAACACUAAGGAGUUGUCCAGGCUGACUUAGCUACUGCGAGGGGCAGAAAGGAGCUAAGGCCGCACGUGAGCUUGUUGAGGGAACAAGUCCGUGACACCCCGGUCUUAUUAGUACUUCUUGUACUACACGUGGGGGACUCCAUUGGUCGCAUGAAUGCACUAUGAUGGCACACUCGGCUGCCCCUGAAGUAGAGCAAGUUAAUGCGAUAUAUUCUCAGCGGCAAUGCUACUUCAAUCAGCCCUACGGACAGCAGCAACAAGGGAAUUACGGGCAAGGAAAUCAGCAGCAGUAGCAGUCUAGGAACUAUAAUCAGCCCCAAGCACCUCAAGGUAAGCAACAAGCACCUCAGCCGGUGCAAAGGAGUUUAGGAGGGAGACUGAGCAAAAAUUUUCUACCUUGGAAGAAACGCUAAAACAAUUAGCGCAAAAUCAACUGAGGGCGGACUCAAGGAUGCAAAACAUUGAAAAUCAAUUGGGGCAGCUUGCAAAAGCCAUAUAUGAGAGGCCUCAGGGAUCCCUCCCUAGUAACACCGAAAAUAACCCUAGAGAGCAAGUACACGCCAUCACACUAAGAAGUGGAAGGGAUCUCGAACCUGCUGUCAUAGAGAAGAAGUCUACGAAAGUUGUACCUGCUGAAGUUGUUCACGAAAAAGAGAAGGAAGAAGAGGAGAAGAAAGAGGUGGAGGCAGCCCCAAUCCAGCCCGUUCUAGUCAAACCUCACUGCCCACCCCUCCCAUUCCCGCAACGAUUAAAGGGGAAGAGUGACACUGAGGACUUCAACAAGUUUUUGAACCUCUUUAAACAUGUUCAAGUAAACGUACCAUUCAUGGAGGCACUGCAACAAAUGCCGAGGUACUCAAAGUCGGCAUUACGCAAAGUUUAUAAAAGAACUCCUCUCUAACAAAAGAAAGUGGGGAGAACCGAAAUCGGCGGUGCUGAAUGAAGAGUGCUCGACAGUGGUGCUAAAGGAGAUGCCUAAAAAGCUCAAGGACCCAGGUAAGUUUACUAUCCCUUGCUCCAUAGGAAGUGAGAUUUUUUAUAAUGCUUUAGCUGAUUUGGGUGCAAGCAUCAAUCUAAUGCCUUCUGCUUUGUAUGAGAAGUUUGCACUCGGUCCACUUAAAUCAACACACAUGUGCAUACUGGCUGACCGAUCGGUCAAAUACCCCCAGGGGAUUGCUGAAGACGUGUUGGUUAAAGUGGACAAAUUUGUUAUUCCUGUCGAUUUUGUUGUCCUAGAUAUGCCCCAAGAUCUUGAUGUGCCCUUAAUUCUUGGAAGACCUUUUCUGGCCACUGCUCGGGCCCUCAUAGAUGUUGGGGACGAGAAAUUGAUCUUGAGAGUUGGAGAGGAGAGAGUCACUUUUUGCAUGGCCAAACUGGCAAAACAGUCCUGUCAUGUUAUAGAUGAGUGCUAUGUGUUAGAUGUCAUGGAACCACACGGAGAAGAGGGAGGAAAACCCCCACCUCUCAAAGAGACCGCUUUCGAUCCAUUCUUUGAUAAAGGGUCUGAUAAAGGCUUGGAACCGCCCUUUUGUUGUAGUUGUGAUCCUCCAUUAAAUUUGUGGUUUCAUGAAUUCCAAGUUUUGAGCCAUCUGAGGGCGUUUGUUGAUAAGAGGUUUGAUAUGUGGAGGACAACUUUUCUAAGUGGACGUGUAUUUAAUUGAGGAUCCCGUGGGUUUGUUGCGUCGGGCAAAUGACGUUAAAAAUAGCGCUUCUCGGGAGGCAACCUGAGCUUACUUCUGCAUUUGUUGUUGUUUCGUUUAUUUUGUGUGUUUUGUGUGUUUUGUUUUUGCAGCUCAGGGUUUUCCGUUGGGAUGAUGUGCCGAGGAUCACUUGACUCAGUUUAGUUCUGCACCGAUCAACGCCUUAGGGAAGUUUCUGCGACUCUUAUAUUUGCCUAUUUGUAAUGUUGACUUGAGUUGAGAUUGAGCACGCGUGACCUUUUCCCCUUUACCCCCUUGUGCAUAGUGCAUAUUUCGUCAUCGAGGGCGAUGCCAAAGUUUAAGUGUGGGGGAGUGAAUUGGGCAUUUGGACAGUAGUCGUUACAUGUGAUUAUUAGAGUUAGCAUGUACAGGUGUUAGUUGUAUAUUAAUAGGAAAGUCAUGUCAAAUUUUUGAAAAUUUUUCAUUAAACUGUGUUUAUGUGAGUUGGCUAGCGUUUUGACUAAAUUAUUCACAUCAUCUUUAAAGUAUUUAGGCUUAAAUUGCUUGCACUAUAACCUAGUUCUUGAGAGGAUGAAGGCAUUAGUCACCCAUCGAAUUAAUUCAUAAAAUCAUUCACUCCACUUGAAUAAGUUCCUUUAAGAGAAGCCAUUUUGAGCCUGACCGUUCUUUGUUCACCCAAUCAAUUGAGCUCCAUAACCAAAUAGCCUGUUUCGUACCCAUGAAUAUAUCUGACAAAGUGUUGAUGUUUAGGGAACUAGAGGAUUAAUUUGCUAAGUUUAAGGAAUUUGUGUAGGAGCCAUUUUUAGCACUGUUCCUAUGCCUAAGUGAAUUUGAUAUUUUCGAGGAAUUUGAUAUUUUCGAGGACUGCAUUGUAGGCAUGGAUUCACUUUUAAUUUAAUGAACUUUAAUUGCUAUUUUUCUUUGGUGAGGCCGAGAUUAGAAUGAGGUAAUGUCUAGUGAGAAUCCGAAAGGUGAAAAAUUAAUGUAGCUAGACCUCUUAUCUUGCGAAAAAGAGAAUGGGAGCCCCAGUCAAAAAGCGUAAGUGUUUUUCACAAUUAGAUGAGACCUUGAGUAUCUUUCGAAAGAAAUGACGUUCUCGUGACAACAUGACAAGGAAAACUGAACUUAUUUAAUGAAUUUGGAGGCUUUAGCAAAAUUAGCUUUAGUCCUCCGCGUACUUCAAGUAUACGUCAAAGCACCAAUGAUUGUUCUUAGUUGUACACCAUGUCUACUCUUUGCAUAGACUUAGAUGAUUGUUCCUAAAUUGUGGCCUACUGAGUUCCUUGAUCCUAAGAAUAACCCUGAAGUUCCUGAAUGCAUUGAGUCUUUGUUAGAAUAUUCCAAUCUCUCAAAAGAAAGGGCUAUUAUCAUUCACCAUUCACUAUCACCUUCACAAGUCUUUCUGAUCGACAUCUAUUUUAUUUGGGUAUGAUGUCAUUACUUUAAGGAUGGUGCGAAUAAUUUUAUCAAAUAGUUUAGCUUGAGUACAAAGAUGUAGUUUAGGGAAGAAUUUUCUUGGUCUAGAUUGUCUCUCUGUGAAUAUCCUUUUAGCUACGUGUGCAUGCUAACUGUUUUAAUUCUGUGUGGUGAUUAUCGUAAGUCCCAUUGUUCGAUUUGUUUGAGGACAAGCAAAAGCUCAAGUGUGGGGGAAUUUGAUAAGUUCAUAUUACAACACGCAUUUGAUGCGUGUUGGAAUCGGAUUUCGAUAGUUUUCCUAGCUAUAAGGGGUUGCAAGUCUCAAUUUUAGUUCAAGAUGUAAUUAUCAGGCGUCGGGUCGAGUUUUGUGGCGUUUGAAGUCAAAAAUCAGAGAAUUUGAGCUCGGCAUCGACAUUUGAGAUGAGUUGAAGAGUGCUCGAAAAUGAUUUGAGAGAUUUGGAGGUCACCGGGAGGUUCGUGACGAAGAAUUGUUGAAGAAAAAGCUUUUGGAACGAUUGCAGGGGCAUUUGGAGCGAGGAAAAGAAGAGAAAAUCAAGUUUUUACAUACGCACGGUCGUGCCCAUGAGGUACGCACGCCGUGCGUACGUGGCAGUAAGCCCCAGGAGACGGAAUGAGAUCACGCACACCGUGCGUGCAGGGUAUGCACGCCGUGCGUGCACGAGGGCCGAAGCGAGGAAGCUACUGGAGGGUACGCACGCCGUGCGUGACUGUUACGCACGCCGUGCGUAAGUGCGAAACGCAGGUUUGCUCCGGAUGCACGGACGCCACGCACGCCGUGCUUAGCACCGUGCGUGGGUCCGAAACCCUAAUCCUGGUCGAAUUUUGUUGUGUUUCCUUUAAAUAUCACCUCCCUAAUCCUUUUAGAGGGGGUGGAACUUAGAGAGCAGCUUAAGGACGAAAUUUAGAGAGCUUUUCAGCCUGGUUUUUCAAUUCUUUAAGAUUCUUCAUAAGUUCCUACUUUUUAAUUAAUGGCAAUUAUUUCUAUUCUUCCCAAUUCUGUUGAUUAUUCAAUUAUGAGUCGGGAGUAUUUUUAAUUAGGGAUUUGGGAUUGAUGAAGGGGUUAAUCAUGAUGUAUGGCUAGAUUUUUGAUGGAUUAAUUGCAUGCAUGAUAUUUAAUUUGUGUCUGAGUGAUUUUAUUGAUAUCUUUUGUAACCUAGAACAGCCGCUAGAAUUACAAUUGCUUGUAGAAUAAAUUAAGAGAUAUCUAGUUCAUUCUAGGACACAUUCACACACAUUUAAUCAUUCGCUAAGAGAUUAGUAACGAUUAAGGGGCUGUAAGCUCGCUCGUUUUGGCAAUGGUUUAGAUACCUGUCGUAUGAGAGAUCAACCUGGUCCCCUAAAUUAUUGUACUCUACGCCGCGAGAGCGGUAAGAACUUAGUAAUAAUUAGUUAGGCUCAUUUAAAUUAAUUUCAUGUAAUUAAGCCUGAUCUGCCAGAAAUCUGAUUACCCUGGGAUCAAUCCCUAUUCCUUUCGUCGUUAAUUAUGAAAAACCCAAUCAAUUAUUUUUAUUCACCCAUUCGCAUUAAUCUAUUUUCCAAACCACCCAAUCUCGCACAAUUGCAUUUUAUUUUAUUUUAUUUCUUUUUAAUCGCUGAAUUUAGUUAAUCUUUAAUUCCCCUUUAUCGUCCCUGUGGAGACGAUACUCGUACUUACACCAUUAUUCUACGAUCUAUUUUUAAGUGCGAGAAAAUUAUUAUUACACCCCUAACCCAUCCUCGUUUCCUUCAUCUCUUACCUCUUACCCAUUAUCCCUACCCCUACCCGUCACCCUUACCCCCACCCCCACUCCCACCACUACCCCCUCCCCACCCCUACCCAUCCUCGUAUAGUAGUACCCCUAACUCCUAACCCCACCCCACCUGUUACCCUACCUACCCCUACCUCUACCCCUUACCCUCAUCCCCUGUCCUAGUCGUUCCAUGGGGGGUAGGGGUACGAGCCACGAGUAGGGGUUAGGGUGUUGGGGUAGGGGCCGGGGUAAGGGUAGGAUUAGGGGUGGUAGGUGGUAGGGGAUAGUAGGCCCCCACGUAAUAUAUAUACUGGUGCAUACAUAAAGGUUUGUGUGUUUAUAUAUGUAUAGGGUUAUUUUGGAUAUUUUAAUGUUAAACGGUGUUUUAAACCCUUUAAGGUAAACAUGAGCUUAUAGCACUACUUAUUUUAAGCAUCGCUUAUUAACGCAAGUCUUAAUAAUCAUCGCUUAGUAACAUGUGAAGUAAACAUAUCCUAAGGUAUGUAGAUCAAUGGUUCAAAAGAAUGUUUGAGAUAUUUGUUUUGAAGAAUCACUGAGUUUACUUUUCUGUUUUAGGGAGUGUAAGAGUGUGUUUGAGAUGACUUGGUUUAAAGAAUAACUGGUUUUCAUCAGAAUGAAGAGAACUUUUACUUGAAGGAAGAAAAACUUUAGCAAUGAAAAGAAAAAGAACUAAGAAGCGCCUAUUGUGAUUAAAAGUACAUAGAGCUGUUUGAAAAGAAAAUGCUAUUAGUGCUUAAAUGAGAAAGCACUUCGUAUAGCAUAAGUAAUGCCAAACAAGAUCUAAGUCUGCUUGACUGCCCCUUGUUCAAUUGUGCACUUUAUGUCAUCAGGGUGUUCAAGAGGCAGUUUAUCUGUCUCUCAACUUGAACUUUGAAACAAAAAAAAAUUGUAAUUUUAAUUGUUUAAGGUUCUCCCCCGUCAUCUCCUACACAUCUCUGUUAAAUGCACAAAACCGAUAUGUUGUUAGUUCUGCGCUUCUAUUUGUAUUUCAUUUUUUCUCAAGGCCUUAUAAGAAAAUAUCUGGAACACAUAAGAUGGUAGGGAAGGGAUGUUCAAGAGGCAUUGUAAGAGUUUGUUUUCUGCUUAGAUUCCUCCCACAUUUUCAUCCCUUCCAAAUUUCUUCCCUAUUUCCAUCCAUAAUUCCUCUCACUAGCUUUCUCCGCGUUCCAAACGGACCCUAAAUGCAUGUGGGUGCUCAUGCUGAAUAAGGUUAUGUGUUGCAGGUUGACAUGGUUAUUAUACCAACAACAACGGGGGAGGUGGGUAUCCUCCCAGGACAUGUAGCCACAAUUGCUGAGCUAAAGCCCGGAGUAAUGUCAGUGCAUGAAGGAAAUGAUGUGAUGAAAUAUUUUGUUAGCAGCGGGUUUGCAUUUGUGCAUUCAAACUCUGUUACAGAUAUAAUGGCUCUCGAGGCAGUUCCCAUUGAAAAAAUUGAUCCAGACAUAGUGGAAAAAGGGCUUGCAGAGUUGACACAGAAGCUUAGCUCUGCAUCUACCGAGUUGCAGAAAGCUGAAGCACAAAUCGGUGUGGAUGUGCUAACUGCUCUUAAUUUUGCCGUUAUGGGUGGCUAGGCUAGUAGGCUGUGUUUGUUUUUAAAAUACGUGUUUUUGUUGAUAAAUAUCAGUAUAUUUUUAUCCAAUUAACAUAUGUGUAUAUUAUUUACACCAACUUUCUGUUUAAAAUUCAAUUAGGAAGACUGUUGAAUAAAUUAUUGAAAAACAAUGCGUCAAAGUAUAUAUAAAAUCGCAUCGUUUUUCCAAAAUUUAUUUAAUUGACUUUCUCAUUCAAUUUUAAAUUGAAAUUUAGUGAAAAUAAUUUACACUUCAUGAAAAAUAUACUUACAAUAUUUUAUUAAAAAAUCUACCAUAAGCAUUUUUUUUUAUCAUCAAAA